CAAGGCGGACCGGAGCUCUCUUGCGCGCUCGCUGCACCGCGCCUCCCUUCGCCCGGCCGGACUUGGCCGCAAGCCGAGCCUCCCACCCACCCCUUUCCCCCUCCCUACGCAACCCAAGAACCGGGCAAACCUCGCACAGGACUAGCCGCGCCGGCUCGCGUUUUUUUGGGCCACUUGCAGCUGCCCCGGGGGUCGUUUGCGGAGAAGCGCCAUCAUGCAUUCGCUUUUCAAAAAAAGGAACCGAGGCAAAUACAGCCCCACGGUGCAGAAGAAGAGCAUUUCCAGCAAGGAGCUGUCAGAACUGAUUGAAAAGUUGCAGAAAAAUGCUGACCAAGUGGAAAAGAACAUUGUGGAAACGGACUCAAAAAUGCAAAGCGACCUGUACAAACUUAAGGCUGGGAAGCCCACACAAUACCAGGAACUCACUGCAGAUAAGUUGAUUGAAUCUGACAAACUGCUUUAUGUUCUGGAUGGAGAUGCAGCCAUCGCUCGCCACAUGAAACACCCCCAGGGAGACAUGAUCACGGAAGAUAUCCGGCAAUUAAAGGAAAGAGUCAACAACUUGCGAGGGAAACAUGAUCAGAUUUACAAUUUCACCCCACAUGAAGUUGAACCCGAGGUCAACUGGUCCUCAACAAUUGAAGAGAAGCAGGAAAUCUUGAACAACAGAGGCUUUGGCACAGACCUGCCAUCAGUCAACGGUCAGGUAGAAGAGCACAACAUCUUCCACAAUGAGGUGAUGGCUAUUGGACCGCAUAUCAACAAAGAAGGUGAAAAGGAGUAUACAAGUGAGCUUCAGAUGAAGUACCAGAAACUACUGUCGGAAUCCCAACGAAGGCAGGAGAACCUGAAUUUAUUGCAAGAUUUUAUGCAGCGCUGCACCAAUAAGCUCUACUGGCUAGAUCAGCAGGCUAAAGACAGGUUGCAGUUUGACUGGAGUGACCAAAACCUCGAUUACCUGAGCCGCCGUCGCCAGUAUGAAAAUUUCAUCAAUAGGAAAUUGGAAGACAAGGAGGCGGCCAUCAACAAACUGCACGAAGAUGGCAAUAAACUUCUGUCUGACAAUCAUCCUGGGAAGAUCGCCAUUGAGGCUCACAUUGAGGCCGUCCAUGCUGACUGGAAAGAAUAUCUCAACCUGCUCAUCUGUGAGGAGAGCCACCUGAAGUUCAUGGAGGACUAUCAUCAGUUCCAAAAAGAUGCCAAGGACGCGCAGGAACUUCUCAGAAAAGUGGACACAGAUCUGGACCAGAAAUAUAGCCCAGAUUUCAAAGACCGGUACCAGAUCGAAUCUUUGUUGCAUGACCUGGAGGACCAGGAGAAGGCCUUGGACAAGUAUGAGGAUGUGGUGAGCUCCUUACAAAAGCGUAGUCAGCAGGUUCUUCCACUGAAGUAUCGACGAGAACCCCCGCUUAAAUCUAUCCCCGUGGAGGCCCUCUGUGACUAUGAAAAUGAGCAGUGUCAGAUUUCACGUGGUGGCCGAUACACUCUGCACAAGAACAACGAAGAGUACUGGGAAGUUAGCGACAGUGGAGGAAAUCCAAUCAAAGCUCCGGGGGUCUGUUUCAUGAUUCCUCCCACUGAUCCUGAAUCACUCACCGUGGUAGACAACAUUGCUAGCCACUAUCAAUGUGUGAAACAGAAGACUGGUUGCACAAAGAAUCGUCUGGAGGAUCGCUACAAUAGCUUGAAGGCAGAGAGCAUCGGAGAUGCAGCAUCUGUACAGGUACGGCAACUGUUGGCGGAGCUGGAGAAAGUGAACAGCGAACUGGAUAAGCAGGAGAAGGCCAUCACUGCAAACCUUCGUCCUCCUCUAGAGCAAAGCAGGGCGGUGCAAGAUAGCGCAGAACGCUCCAAAGACCUUAAGAAUGUCACCAAUCAGAUCCGUCGCAUUGAGCCGGAGAAAACAAGCAAGAUCCAGGAAUGUGAAGCCUUCAUCGAGUCGUUGCCGGAAUCGAGCGGUACCACCUUGGUGAAAAGCAAAGUAGAGGAGACCAACAACAAGUACAAUUGGGUCACCCAACUUCUUAACGCUGCUGAAGAGAAGGUUGAUGUUGCCAAUCACCUUGAGAAGGUCCUUCAGCAAGGGAGAGACCUGCUUUCCGGCUAUGAGAACAAGCUGGCUAUCGAAGACACAAUUCCCGAGGAUUUACAUGCUCUGGACCACAAGAGGGAAGAAUUGCUGGCACUGAAUUCUGAAGUCCAGGUCCAGCAGCUGCUGAAUGAGGCCCAACAAGACUUGGAGAAGGCCAAGAGAUGUUCCAGUACCUUGGCGAGCCAGUUCCAAGAACACUGCCCAGAUAUUGAACGUCAGGAGGCUGAAUUCCACAAGCUCAACCAGCGGUUUAGCAAUCUCAACAAGCAGUUGGAUUACAGAUCCCAAGUCCUGCAGAAAGCAAAAUCGGCCUACUCCAACUAUCGUGCUGGCCAUGAUGAACUAAAACGUUAUUUUGAAAACAUCCCCAACUAUGAGCCUCAAGAAAACGAUCACCUUUCUCAGGUGGAAACCAAGUUGAAGAAACAACAGAAACUUUUGGAAGAAAUUGCAAGCAAGGAUAAAGAAGUCCAGAAGGUCUCUGCAGAAGCUCAGCAGUAUCAACAGGCAGUGAAGGACUAUGAACUAGAAGCGGAAAAGCUGAGGUCCAUCUUGGAUCUGGAAAGUGGCCGUAAUGGUUUCCUGAACAAGAGACCAAGAUUCCAAUCCACAGCCGUUAGAGUGAAAGAAGAGGAAGCUCUCCUGGCUGCCAGAUUCACUGAGAUCAACGCCAUCAAUAGGCAAAGGCUGCAGAACCUGGAGUUCGCUCAGACCUUGUUGAAACAGCAACCUGACCUCCAAAUGUUAGAGGAAUCCAUUCACAUCAGCAAGUCUAAGAAGCCCUUUGAAGAAAUCUGGAAGUUAAAGAAGGAACUGGAUGAUGAGUCCCAGUCUCGGCAGCAUCUGGAAGAAGAGAUCAAAGUCAUCCAGCAGAAUAUCUUCCAGCUGCAGAACCAGAAGCCACAGGAGAUUGUGCUCAGGAAGGAAGUGGUCAAGAAAAUGCCUGACCCAGAACUGGAUGAGAACUACCACAAGUUGCAACAGAACCUGACAGAAGAGCAGCACAAGAAUCAGGGGCUUCAGGAGGAACUGCAAUCCCUGAAGCAAAAGCUUGGCAUUCUAGAACAUGAGAAAAGAGAAGGUGGACAGGAGUAUGUUGUCAAAGAAGUCUUGCGGAUCGAGCCAGACAAAGCCCAGGCAGAGGAAAUCUUGAAGUUGAAAGAAGAACUUGAAGAGCUCAAGAGACAGGAAGGAAGCCGGCAGAAUGAGAUGGCCCUUCUCCACCGCCAGAUCGCAGCUCUUUCCAACGAGAAGAUCAGGGAUCAGGAGAGAGUGACUGAAAAGGCGAUCGUGAAGAUGCAAAACGAUCCCCAGCUGGAGAUGGACUAUAAGCAGCUACAGGAGAGUAAACAGAGGGAGAGUAUGCUGAGGCACGAGCAAGAAGAAGAGCUGCGUUUCCUCCAAGACAAGCUGAAGCGGCUGGAGAAAGAGCGGGCCAUGGCUGAGGGCAAGAUCACCGUGAAGGAGGUGUUGAAAAUGGAGAAGGACGUAGCGACAGAAAGGGAAGUGAAUGAACUGCGGCGCCAGUAUGAGGAAGAGAAGGCCAAGACCCGCUUGAAUGAGAGAGAGAAAGGCGAGCUGCUUAGGAAGAUUCAGGCUCUGGAAGAGGAGAAUUCCAUGGUGAUCGUCCAGGAGAAGGUACGGGAGAUCAUUCGCCCAGAUCCCCAAGCGGAAAACGAAGUGGCCAACCUUCGUUUAGAAGUGAUGGAGCAGGAGAGGCGAUACCUGGGUGGGGAAGAGCAGCUUCGGGCUUGCCAGGAUGAGCUGGUGACUCUGAAGAGCAGAGGGCCACGGGUGGAAGUUCAAGAGAUCAUCAAAGAGGUCAUUAAGUACAAAACAGACGCGGAAACUGAAAUGGAGAUGCAGCGACUCAGGGAUGAGAUUGUAGAUAGGACCAGAGCCAUUGAGAGAGCAGAUCUGGAGAUCUAUAAGUUGAAGCAAGAAAUCGAGACCCUGAAGGAAGCCAAGCCUCACAUCCAAGUGAAGGAGGUCCUUCAAGAGAUCCUACAGUACCGGGAAGACCGCCAGACAAAAGAAGAAGUAGAGUCCCUGCGAGCUCAGUUGGUUGAGGAGCAGAAGAAGCACAUGGACUUGGAGAGGGAGAAGAAGCAACAGGAGGAGAUCAUCAGGCAGAAGGAGGAAGAACUCUCCCAGGUGAGGGAAAAAGUGGUGAAGCAGGAAGUGGUGAAGCUGGAACAAGACCCUGCCUUAAAAUCGGAGAUGAAUACCUUCUCACAGAACAUUGAAAAUGAGCUGCAGCAAAUAGACUCGCUUCGGACUGAGAUGCGCAAGCUGCAGAGGAGACGGUCACACCUGGAGCGCCAGCUGGAAGAUCUGGAGAAAGAAAGGAAGGCCCGCAGGGAGGCAGAACUGGAGGUGCAGAGGCUGAAGAUCAGACUGAGCGAGCUGGAGCAACAAGAGAAGGACACGGCAGAAAAAGUCACCGUGAGGCAAAAGGUGAUCCUUCAACAAGAUCCUCAGCAGGAGAAAGAGCACAGCCUACUUAAGUUGGAGUUGGAAGAGGAGAAACACAAGAAACAAGUGCUACAAACGGAACUGGAAGCCCUGCGGAAGAAACUGCAGGCCCUGGAGAAGAUGGAAGUUAAGGAAAAAGUGGUCUUUUCAGAGAGCGUCCAGGUGGAAAAGGGAGACACCGAGUAUGAGAUUCAGAAGCUGAAGAACAGUCUAGAUGAGGAAAGCCGACGGAAAAUGCAAAUGGACUCCGAUAUCAAUAGGUUGGAGGCCAAACUUUCUGAAAUGGAAUUUAGCAAUUCUAAAUCUUCCAAGGAGUUGGACUUUUUGAGGGAGGAGAACCACAAGCUCCACAUAGAAAAGCAGAACCUUCUUUUGGAGAUGAGGAGUUUGCAGUCGGAAAUUGAGCUCACGGCGAUAGAAGCCCAGGAUUUGAAGAGCAUGGCCCAGGCAGAUCAACGUAUCAAUCUCGAUUCAAGGUUCCACAAUUUGGAGAAAGAACUGGAAGACCUGAAAAGGCUAUCGCGAGAAAAAGACGGGGAGAUUGAACAACUUCAAAACCGUCUCCAGACCGUCGCUAUCAAGAGGGAGCAGCGAGAAAACCACCUGAGGCGCUCGAUUGUGGUCAUUGACCCAGACACAGGGAAGGAGAUGUCUCCGGAAGAAGCUCAUCGUUAUGGCCUUAUUGAAUGGAGUUUGUAUGUCAGGUUGAAAAGCCAAGAAUGCGACUGGGAAGAGAUCACUGUCAAAGGGCCAAGUGGUGAAUCUUCGGUCAUCUUGGAUAGAAAGUCAGGGAGGAAAUUCUCCAUUGAAGACGCCUUGAAGCGUGGAAGAUUAACGAUGGCUCAAUAUCAAAGUUACCUCAACAAGGAGAUGUCUAUUCAGGAGCUGGCGAUUUUGGUAUCUGGACAAAAAUAACCGCUUCCCUCUCAACCUACCUAAUGCAAAACUAUUUUGAAGCUGGUCCAGAGCUUGUCUUGUUACAAAUCCAUAAGUUUUAUAUUAUUUUAAUGCUUCCCUCAGAUCUAUCUGCCAAAGCCUCCUGUGUCUUUAUUCAACAUUUGGGUGCUCUUUAAGCUUUAGGUCACAUGCAUCAAUCUUGCCCAAAUCGAAAAGAUUCUGCUCCUGCAUUUGAUCAAGUUGCUCUUCUCCAAAUUUAUGACGGACUGUUUCCUGGCAGAGAAGUAGCAUAUAUCCAGCAUUUUAUCCAGUCUGGAUGAUCAAAACCACAUAUUUCAGUUUGGCAUCUCAAAGAUUCUGUCGACUAUAAAGUCCUGUGAAAUGGUUUCGGUGUUGAACUGAAAUCUGGGCACGUCCUAUCGCCAUAAAUUCAGAAUUAGAUGGCCUUGAGUGAAUGCGCUUUCCCCCCCCUCCUGCAGCAUAGAGUGGAUGCUAUCUUAUCUUUAGGAAUUAUUUUAAAGUUAAUGCAGUGUAUGGGAAACUCUUAAGCACUUUAAAGCAUUGCCUGAAAACCUUAUUAUAACUGCAUCAACUGGUUUGUUUCUUCUGGAGAAUAAGUCGAAGUUUAGGAAAAGUUAUCCAAAGGAAGAGCAGGUGGCUGGUAGGUGGACAGCAGAUGCUUAGCAAUCUUUCAUUGACAUGGGCAAGUGAAACGUGGUUGAACGUAAUGGACUGGCAUUAAAAACACAAUAUGGGAGAUUUACAAGAAUGAUACAAUCGUACCACGAUCCAACCUAGUAUUUCGUCAUGCUGGAUCUUGACUUUAUAAAAAAAAAUGUUAUCUACAUGAUAUGGGAGCGGUCAAAUUUUAAGGCAGUCAAGAUGUAUGUAUAUGCGUGUUUGAUGAUGCUGUUUAUCCUGUGGCUCAGAUUAUGUAGAGGUUUCUAAUUCUUUUAAAAAAAGGGGGGAAGAUUAACUAUCACCAAUUCCAAGUGCCUUUAUUUUCCUCAAAGUCUCACUUAUAAGAUGCAUGCACUGUUUUUGCUGACUUAUAUUUGACUGUUAUGUAUUCAAGUUAUUUGUUGGAGAAGGGAAAUGGGAAAAGUUAUUUAUACCCCUCAGUUAUAAUAAAGAAAUGAUCUAAAUUAAUGGUUCUUUAAA